UGCUUUCUUUCUUUUCUCCAAAGAACCAACUGAUAUAAAGUUACAAACAACAAAGAAAGAAACUUGUGAUCGAACUUUGUCGCUGCCCAUACCUUACUUCAAGGUUGCUUCCGCAAUCUUCUUAUGUCACCCUCACUUAUUUCUUCGAGCCCCAGAAUCAGCGGAUUUUGUUCGAGUUUGCGGUUGGAAGUACCGUUUCUAUGAAGCCUGUCGAAGGAUCACUGAACGCCUUGGUUCAGAUGUAGUAGACAGGUUUCUACAAGUUAAAAGAAAAGUUCAAAUUUUUUGUAUGGGGAUAGACCUUAAGCAGCCAUCAGGAGAAUGUCAUGAUGAAGACAGCUGUAAUCCUAUUGUUGCUGAUUUGGUUGAUGGAGCGGAUGGUGUAAACAAUAGUAAUGAACCCAGAAGUUCUUUAAAAGUUGUUGGAAAUGAUAAGGGGAAUGCAGGGCUUGGUAUCAAUGCUGAAUUAGCAAAUUUUGGAAAUGAAGGGUGCACUGGACAAGGAACCAACUUGAAUUCUUCAAAAUUACCAGAGCCCCAUGAUGGGAUGGAAUUUGAUUCAAAGGAGGAAGCAUUUUCAUAUUAUAAAGACUAUGCAAAAUCAGUGGGAUUUACUGCUAUAAUAAAAGCUAGCCGUCGGUCUCAAAUAUCUGGAAAAUUUAAUGAUGCAAAGUUUGCACGUACCAGAUAUGGAAACAAGCAAGAACCCUGUGCAACUGAAACUUCAAAUUCUCUUUCAAAUAUAGAUAAGAUGCCAAGUAUUCCUGUAAAAAGGAAACGGGGUAGAGUGAACUUAUCUUGGGCAAAGACAGAUUGCAAGGCCUGCAUGCAUGUGAAGAGAAGGCAAGACGAUCAAUGGAUCAUCUGUAGUUUCAUAAAAGAACAUGACCAUGAAAUUUUUCCUGAUCAAGCAUAUUACUUUAGGGGAAAUGGGAAUCUAGAUCUAAGAAGUAGCAACGGUGAUGCAUUACAGAUUACCAGGGCUAGAACCAAAAAGAUGAAGGCUGACAAUAGAAAAGGUAGCAGGGGAAACCAUUCAGGCAACAGACAGCAUCUGGCUUUAGAUGAAGCAAAUAUCCAUGCUUUGCUUGACCAUUUUAUGUGCAUGCAAGAUGAGAAUCCUAAUUUCUUUUAUGCUGGAGAUCUAAAUGAAGAGCAGCAAUUGAGAAGUGUUUUCUGGGUUGAUGCAAAAAGUAGGCUUGAUUAUAGACACUUUGGUGAUGUGAUUCUUCUUGACACCACACAUAUCAAGAAUGAAUAUAAGCUUCCUGUUAUUCCCUUUAUUGGUGUGAACCACCACUAUCAGUUCCUGUUGCUGGGAUGUGCAAUUGUGUCUGAUGAGUCUAAAUCAACUUAUACAUGGCUGCUACAGACAUGGUUGAGGGCAAUGGGCGGAUGUGCUCCAAAGGAAUGUCUACAAGGCAACGAUCAGAAGUUAUAAACUGUUUGUUAGACAAGCAUGUGCAGAGGAAAACUACGCUGAGAGUUUAUAGAGCAACACAAAGUGAUAUUACGAGGGAAAUGUGAAGACAAAGCAAAAGCUGAUUUUGAAACUUUCCAUAAACAACCGGCAUUAAAAUCCCCCUCACCUUUUGAGAAACAAAUGGUACCAUUGCACACACGAACAAUAUUUAAGAAAUUCCAGAGUGAGGUCUUGGGAGCUGUCGCUUGCCAUCCAAAAAUGGAAAGUGAAAAUGGACCAACAAAGAUGUUUAGGGUUCAAGAUUUUGAAGAUAAUUGACAAUUUAUUGUCUCGUGGAACAAUAUAACGUCCGAUACAUCUUGUUUAUGCCAUUUCUUUGAAUUCAAUGGUUUUCUUUUUAGGCAUGUAAUGAUUGUUCUACAAAUUUCUGGUGUGCAUCAUAUCCCAUCUCAGUAUAUACUAAAACGAUGGACAAAAGAAGCAAAGAAUAGACAAAUAGCAAGAGAGUUGUCAGAUGUGGUGGACUCUAGGAGCAAAUGCUUUACUAAUCUCUAUCAACAAGCAUUUAAAUUGGGUGA